AGAGUCAAAGCAGAAGGAAGAGUGAGAGUGGGGUUAGAGAUGUGACCUAUACUGCACUGGAAGCUGCAAGCUCGCAGGCCGGGUGCAUUCAUGGGCUCCAAAACCAGUAAAAUGUGCUGCCCCCAACUCAGGAAGAAGAAGCGGCAAAAAGCACAUAAAGAAGGGCCGUCAUCUCAGGAGCUGAAUGACUUAAAUGCCAAGAGUCAAGGACCUAAUGAGCUGCUACAGAAGAUCAAGGAAUAUGAGCAGGAGAUUAGAAACAUCCUUCAGAAACACCAAGAGGAGAAGACUGCUCUGGCAGAUGCCCACAAAGCUGAUGUGGAAGCCCGAACACUGGUGUUACAAGCACAGGCCCAGAAAGAUAGAGAUGCUGAAACGGUAAAGCUCCUUUCAGAGCAGGCGGCCACCAUGAAAGCAGAGAUGGAGGAGAUGUUUGCAGAGCUGCAAAAGUCUUAUGAGCAGGAGAAGUCGUCUCUCACAGAAAUUCACCAGCAAUUAACAGAUGCACUACAGGAAAGCGUGGAUGAGUUAAAUUCCCAGCUGGCUUCUUUUCGAGAGAAAAUGAAGAGGGUGGAAGAAUCUAUCUUGAGCCAAGACUACCAGAGGCACAUUCAGGAUUAUGGAAGCCCGGGCCAGUUCUGGGAAAAAGAGCUCCAAAGCUUGCACUUCGUUAUUGAAAUGAAAAGCGAGUUAAUACGGGAGCAGGACAAGCGUCUUCAAAGGCACAAAUCUACAAUGGAGAGAAGUCUGGAGCUUGAGGAGAGAAGCCGGACACUGCAGCAGGAAAAUGAAGCCUUGAAAGUUCAAACACAGAAGCAAGGGGCCAUCACUGUGCGUUUAUCUGAGGAGCUGCUAAGCAUCCAAACCACCCUAGAGAAGCAGACCCAUCGCUGUGAACAACUGGAAAGGGAGAAGGAACAGAAUCUAUACCGAGCCGUAAUUGGCGACAUCACUCAGCAGUUCUCUCUGCACAGGAGCUGCCCGUGAUGGUGCUAUAAGGGGUGGCUGAGCUGUAGAAUAUCAUUGUGAAUACAACGCAAACUGAACAUUGGUGUAACUGACAAUUGAGAGACAUAGAGAUUCUCACACACACAUUUACAGUAUAUAUAACUAUGAAGAUUUUAUUCAUUCUGUAUUUAUUGUUUCAGUGAUGCCAGUAUUCCCAUGUUGCAUCCUAGGCCUCUAUUCCUGACUUUAAUCUCCAGCAGUGCGAGCGCUUCCACUUUAUAUGAUGUUUUAUUUCAGUAUAGUUAGAAACAAUGUCACCUGACUGAUUAUAAUCUAUAAAUGUUUUUAUUCAUUUUACAUUAAGAGGGAGCAUGGGACCAGUUUUCAGGGGUUCUUUAAUUAUCAUGCAUGCCAAUCAACAAGUGACUGUAAUGAGCAGAGUCUCUGAACAAACUGAGUAUUGAUGUUAUAGAUGUUAUAUUGUCCUGUGGUAGUUUUAAAAAAAGGGCUACGACCCAUUAGAGCCUGGACUCACCAGGGUGGCAACUCUAUCAGUUAAGUCCAACUUGGAACAGACUGCUAGAGGCAUUUUUAGAGAGAGGGUGAUAAACCGAGAGUCCAUUCAGUGUAUAUUUUUGGGCUCAAAGCUACUCAUGAUUAGUAAUUUUGGUUUGUGUAAAAAAUAUAUGCCAGGGGUUUAAAUUAAUGGUUUAUGAGGUUAUUUUAUGGUGGUGUGACACAGAGAAAGGCUAAGAGUUUUAUUCCGUGUAUUGGAGAGGCCUACCCACCCACAACACAACUUUUAUAAAUAUACUGCAUAACACAGGCUUUGAUGGUCUUCCUAGCUUGAGAACAUUUUGGGUUCUUAUUUAGACAGCCUCCAAUUUUGGGUCAUUACUAGCUGGAAAAAUUGGGUUUUGUUCGGUGCACUACAGCACUUUUCCACAAGCCAUAUGUGUACCAUAUGUAAACAAAUAACAAUGUCAAGAAAACUCCCAGUUCUUGUUUAUUUAAAUACUUGUAACAUUGUUUUAAAGCACUUAUUUAACAGAAGUUUUAUCCUUAUUUUUUUUGCUGGAAAUGUGUUUUAUCUAUUAAAUGGUUUCAUCAUG